ACUUUUAUCGUUUGAUUCCUGCUUUGGCUGCUGACACCAAAAGAGUCAAACAUCAUGCACAAGAGAAUAACAUUUUUGAUCUUGAUUGCUUUUAAUUCGUUAAUUGUGACACUACAUUUGAUUGUUACGCGCCAAGGUCGCUCAUUUCUCUGGUCCAGUCCCUACAGCUAUCUCCACGAAAGCAAAGUCAGCUUCGUACGAUCCUUAAGAAAAGCCAAGUUUUGGAAUCCUAGGAAGAAUACAACAGAACACAUCGUCACUGAGGUGCCUAAAGAGAGGAGAAAUGUUUCAUGCAAUGUGUUUGACUUCUUGGCGGAGGUGGACGGCAGUUUAAACUCCAUUGAGUCUGAACUUAUGUGUGAUAGCUUCGCGCAGGAAUCUGAUAUUGUCUGCCGGAUCUACUUACGUCAAAUAGGAUUGGAGAGUCUCGAAAAACAAGUCUGCAAGCUGGAGUCUACAACCAAAGUGCCUAAAAUAGUUUACUUAAUCACUUUUGGAGAUUAUGAGUUUCAUCUGCGUCAUUACGUGGCUAUUGUUGCAGCACAGCGACAUGUCGACCCGUUAGCCCUAUAUAUCAUAGGAGACCAGGAGCCUCUGGGUAUUUACUGGUCACUAGUUCUGAGAGAUGUACCAGGUGUCAGGUUUGUUUAUAGAGAAACUCCUCGACAAAUAUCUGGCCACCCAAUAAAUUUCGUACAGCACAAGUCAGAUCUAGUUCGUCUGCAGACACUCUACUUCAACGGCGGUAUUUAUCUGGACACAGACAUGGUCAUUUUACGUAAUAUUGACCAAUUAUUAGAUAACGAGCUUAGUGCAGGAAUCAUAGACGCUAACGUCAAUAUGGGCAAUGGAUUCAUCCUGAGUCAAAGGGGAAACAACUUCAUCAAAGAAUGGUACCAACGGUAUAAAACUGAAUAUAAACAGAAUAGCUGGGGCUAUAACUCCAUGGAGGUGUCAAUGAAGCUAUAUCAAAACGACACAAGCCGACUAUUGGAGAUCGGAAAUAAAAUAUAUCGCCCCAACUGGCAUGAAAGGGCAUUACUCACCAACGGCACGUAUGACUGGUCGAAAAACUAUGCCAUGCACAUUUGGCGCUCCGCUAAACCACACCCUGAGAGCACAGAAGAAAUCAACUCUGCCAACACCACCAUCUGUGAAGUUUUACGCUAUAUUCUGUACGGGAAUCCAGCGCCAAUCACUUGAACUGAAUAUAAUUGAUAAACAAUGUACCUAAAAGCAUAUUUCUAAUGUCUUUUCCAGGAUUAAAUCAUAUUUACAAUACCUCUAUUCAAGUCCCACAUAUGGAGUGGGCAAAAUCUGGGGCAAAUUCUUCAGGGUCAACACGGUUCUCGAAAACGGCUCUAAAGAUUUUCCUAUAAAUUUGACAGUUAAUGCAUAUUGUUGGAAAAGAAUGACUACCUCGUUAGCUUCUCUGGGAAAACUUUCAUUUGAUCGAUAUAUUUUUUAAGAUAAGAUAAGAUAAGAAAAUUUGUAUUCAUCCAAUCAAAUGGAAAUUCACUUUGACUACCAUUGACAACCUCAGCGUAACUACUGUACAAUAACAAUAUAGAUGACAAAUUCGAACCAGCGCUUUAUGAGUUUGACUUCUAUGUACUUCUCGAUGAGGACAGCUGAUCUUGUAACACUCUGGCCGAUACUGGGAUAAAGGAGUUUUUAAAUCUUUCUGUUUUAGUUCUAAUGGAAAGGAGACGACCACUUCGUUCAGAUCUUAAGUGGUUUAAUGGGUGCAGGUUAUCUUUAAGAAUCGUGAGUGUUUUGGAAAUGCAUCUCUCUUGAAAAAGCUCUUCAAGAGAUGGUAGUGAUAUAUACGAUGCUUUUUUAAUUAGUCUAUUUAGUCUACGUCUUUGUGCCAGUGAAUUGAGGUAUAAAAAAUAUAUAAAAAAGUAAUUAAUUUCAAUUUGACCUAGAGAACUAGAAAAAUAUGUCUCUUGAAAAGGCUACAUCUCUGAUGUUAUGUUCGCAUGUAGGCCCUAUUUAUUGCUGAGUUCAAGAGCAUUUUGAGCACAAUUAUCUAAGCCUAGAUCUAAAGGCAUCUAUAUGGUACAUUUGCUUAACCAGGAUAUUUUUCUCGGCCGGGGGGAGGGAGGGGGAAGCUUGAAAACGGGACGGGUAAUUAUGUUUUUUUUUUUUUUUUAUUUUGUUUUUUGUGUGCUUGUUAUUUAGUUGGUGACAUUGAUGUUCAAU